CAUACAGAAAUUUUGAAACAAAUAGAACACGAUCAGUCAUUAAUGUGGUUGGUGAAAAGAUUUUUGGCAGUAUGUCUAAAAAAUUUGAUGAUCUAUAACAACAUUGAAAAGGAUGCCUUUAUUUCUGUAUUGAAUAAGUUUUCUAAUAACCCAAACACAGUAGAGUAUCUACUUACAAAAGUUAUUAUGGAUACCUGAGAAGCUAUCUUGAAUACACAAAGGACCAAGCAUUAUCAGAAGCAGUAGAACUGAUACACA